AUGAAUGAAAGGUUACAAGAAAUUAAUUUUCUAGUAGCUAAAUAUCUAAUGAGUAACUUUCCUGAUAUAGGAAGCCAAUUCAUUUCGAAAUGUGAAAAAAAUGAACUUUUUCCAAAUCGAAUAUUCGACACUAGUCAAAAGUUUGAAACUUUAAAUACCUCCACACUAUCAGACAUCUCAAAUGAUCAUCUAAUCAAAUUGAUUGAGCUUUCGAUGCCUUCUUCUGAAAACAAUUCUUUCAUUUUUAAGAAGAAUCCUUCAUCACAAAUACCAAUUUCAGAUCAGUUACUUUUAGGUAAUAUGCAACCUCUUACAAUUCCUGAAAAGAAUUCCUCUAGUAUUGAGAUUUGCGCACAUUUCGAAACAAUAUCUCAAAUUUUAUUUGAUAAAACACAGCAAUUACUGAUCACAGGAUCAUCAGAUUCCUUCAUAAAGAUCUGGCAUCUCCCAGAAUUGCAUUUAGUUACGACUUUGUCGUCUCAUGACAAUAAUAUCACUCAUAUUGCUCUUAAUCCUCAAAAUUCGCUUUUGUUUAGUACCGGAACAGACAAAACCCUCUGCGUUUUCUCAAUGACAGAUGGCGCUUUUCGACAAAGAAUAAAUUUGAAGGCAAACAUACUAGAUUUAUGCGUAUCUCCUAAUGGAAACUACUUAGCAGCAUCAUUCGAUGAUGGCCUUACACGUGUUUGGCGAAUUCUUCAAGAAAAAAACAAAAUUGAUCCAAAUGUCGAAUUCAACAUUCAUGGAUCGAAUAUUACUACUAAAAUAGUAUCAGUACAAUUCUUUAAUGACGACAUACUCAUGAUGACCUCAGAAUUAUCAGAAGUUAUUUCUAUUUCCUUAUCCAAGAAAAAAUAUUUUUCUAAGCAUUGUAACGAGGAAGGGACAGUUGAAGCUGUUUAUGCAUCUAAUGGGGAUAUUUUGGCUUCUUUGCCAAAGAAAAAGAAUUUAAUCUUAAUUUCUUCGAAAUAUCGGACUUUUGAUUACGUUUUAUUGCCAGUUUAUAAGGAAAAGCUUAAAGUAAGAGGUUUCGCGUACAACGCCGACGAAUCGUUCAUUUUUGCCGUUUCUCAUUCAAAAUUUAUUAUUUUUCGGAGAGAAGACUUUUCUGUUUUCUCUCAAUGCGUUAUUUUCGAAGAUGAGUUCCUAACAUGCCUUGCUCCUCAUCCGAAAGAGCCAAUGAUUGCUUUUGUUGGAACAAAUUUUGGAAAUGCGGCUGUUUUGGAUUUAAACAGCUACAAGAAGGUCCAACUGUUUUCCAUGAAGAGUAACAGUAAAGUAGCACUCGCAAAGUGGUCAGAUGAUGGAAAUCACCUCGCUUUUUGCGAUGAUCUCGGAAAUUUGAUUCUUUAUGGAAUUGAAUGCGAAAAAGUGGUUUUGAGAGAACAAUUUAUGGGAAAGGAAUUGAAUUUGAACUCAAAUGACUCGAAAGUUUUUGAUGGAACUGGAAAUCCGGUUGAACCUCAACCUCCUUCCUUCAAACUGCAGAACAUGAAGCUGAAUCUCAGUAUCAAGCCAGGAAAUACCAUUUCUAAUGCGGAAAUCGACAUUUCGGACUGGAUUGAUUUUAAUUCCAACGAUAAGAUAUGGUAUUGCUCAAAGACAGAGGCAUUAAGAAUACCAGUGGUCAACACAAGCCCUCAAAAACCUGAAAAGAAGUAUAAUAUCUUCCUUAAUAAUGAUUCAUCAGAAAAUGACAACGGAAACACAGAAUCCGAUGAAGAAGUUACGUCAUUACCACAAUGGACCUACCAGACAAAGCAGGAGCAGCACUUCUACAUCCCACAAGUCGGAGAAGAAAUUGUUUAUUUCAGACAAGGCCACCAAUUCGCUUCUCGACUAUUUAACGAUGCGCAAUUACGAAAACCAUACGAAUAUAAGCCGAGUAUGCCACGAACAGCUUUUGGCCAGAUAAUUGCAGCAAAAUUUGCAAUAACUCACUUCAUUUUGACAAUUGCUUUCCAUAAUAUGAGCAAUUUGGUCUGUGAUAUACCAUUCCAUCUACCUGACAGCGUUCCUUUCAUUGUUCCUCUCUGGAUUUACAAAGAAUCAUUAAAUUUCAUUUCAAAACUGAGAGUUGGAUCGACAGUUUUCAUUCCUUACCUAGAAGAUGAUGGUCUGAAGCAUUACGAAGCGAUGAUUGAAGAGUUUGCACCUGAUAUUUCAAAUAAUCCCUUCGAAUCCAUCACUGUUGGCUUUGUUGAGGGCGGGGAUCAGGCAAAGGUCAGUCCAUGGGAGAUAGAAUUGGAUGAUUUGAAACCUCCUGAAACAAUUAUUUCAAAAAUUCAGGAAAAUCUUUUAGAAACAGUUGACAAACUGAUUGAGAUGUAUCCGGUAUAUCAUAAAGUAAGAUAUUCCAAUAUAGAUGACAUACUUUUACUCGCUUCUCAGCAACCUAUGGAUCUUUCUUUGUUUAGAGACAGAAUUGAGAAUAAAUGGUACUACACAAUUGAGGAACUAACAAAAGAGGCUGGUUUGUUCGGCCAAAAUGCAGGAUUAAUCGGAAUUCCUGAAGAUAUCGGAAAUCAGAUCACAAGAAUGAUCAGAACAGAGAUUUCAAGAAAGAUUUAA